AGUAGCUGUCAAGGGGCAAGUGCGUACCAAGUCUGAGGGAGGGGGCCAGAUAUGCCAAAUCGGAAAAGGGGGUGGUCCGGAAAAAGGGGGUAAGAUGCCUAUUCCAGUCCCUCUCGUUGGGUUCCUCACCUCAAGAGGAACAAACAAGAGCAAACUCAGUGUCGAGCGGCCCCAACCCAGACUCAAGCCCUGGAGGCCCGGGAAGGCCGCCUGCGGAGGAGCCCCCGCAGACGCCAUACUAAAAGCCAAAAUGGCUGCCCCGAGGAGGGCCGCACCGCGUAGCUAGUGAACGUUGGGGAGCAAGCUUCUGCGGGAAAAGAGGGAGGAGAACUCCAAGAAAGUCGUUGAGAAGACUAUCACACCCCGAGCAGCACAGAGGCAAGGUCUCUUAUAUUGCCUAGGCUGAUCUCCGACUCCUAGUGGCAGGUGAUCAACCCACGUCAGCCUCCCAGUGCUGGGAUUACAGGCGUGAACCACCUCGCCUGGCCCCAUAUUCUACUCUGAAUCUACCAACCUCACUAGUCUUGAAAGCAUGUUCAUGCUAAUCCAAGGAAAAUGCUUGUUUGAUUCCUACUGUUCCAAUUACAGCCAUCCCUUAUAUAACUUUUGAACUGUAUUUGGAAAAAUACUGGCCAGGAAAGAAAAAUGAUAAAAUUUUUCCUCAUGGUGAAUAAACAAGGGCAGACUCGACUUUCUAAGUACUAUGAACAUGUGGAUAUUAAUAAGCGUACGUUUCUGGAAACAGAAGUCAUAAAGAGCUGUCUCUCUCGAUCCAAUGAACAAUGCUCUUUCAUUGAAUAUAAGGAUUUUAAGUUGAUAUAUCGGCAGUAUGCAGCUCUCUUCAUUGUGGUUGGAGUUAAUGACACUGAGAACGAGAUGGCUAUUUAUGAAUUCAUUCAUAACUUUGUGGAAGUUUUAGAUGAAUAUUUCAGCCGAGUGAGUGAAUUAGAUGUAUCCUUUUUCAAUACUGUUUUCCACAGUACUUGGCAAGCACAUUCUAGCACUUAUGAGGUAAGUGCUGUGGGGCAGGAAAACUAUUUAGCAGAAUCCAGAGUGUUCAUCACCAACAACUAUGACAAGACAGCUGGAGGUACAGGUGUUCUGCAGAAUGCCUCCCCCACCUCAUCACCCUUCUUCAGCAAGAUGUUUUUUUUGUGUGUGUGUUGGAGUUUCGCUCUUGUUGUCCAGGAUGGAGUGCGAUGGCAAGAUCUCGGCUUACUGCAACCUCCACCUCCUGAGUUCAAGCGAUUCUCGUGCGUCAGCCUCCCAAGUGGCUAGGAUUACAGGCACCUGCUACCACGCCUAGCUAAUUUUUGUAUUUUUAGUAGAGAUGAGAUAUCACCAUGUUGGCUGGGCUGGUAUAAAACUCCUGACCUCAGGUGAUCCACCCACCUUGGCCUCCGAAAGUGCUGGGAUUAUAGACAUGAGCCACCGUACCUAGCAAGAUGAUUCUUUUUUUUUUUGAGACGGAGUUUCACUCUUGUUACCCAGGCUGGAGUGCAAUGGCGCAAUCUCAGCUCACCGUUCCUCCACCUCCUGGGUUCAGGCAAUUCUCCUGCCUCAGCCUCCUGAGUAGCUGGGAUUACAGGCACCACCGUGCCCAGCUAAUUUUUUGUAUUUUUAGUAGAGAUGGGGGUUUCACUGUGUUGACCAGGAUGGUCUCGAUCUCUCGACCUCGUGAUCCACCCGCCUCAGCCUCCCAAAGUGCUGGGAUUACAGGCGUGAGCCACUGCGCCUGGCCCAAGACGAUUCUUAAGAUUUUUUUUUCCAGGCAGGACAGUGCUAUCAUAGCAGUUAAUAACUAUUGCUUAUUAAUUUAAUUUUCUUUAAGCAUAUGGAAUAGGCUUUUUCAAAAUUUAAAUAACACAGCCAAAAAAGUGCUUAGUCCUCCUACAGAAACUGAAUUUCUAGGGUUCCAGGUAUAAAUCUCUAGAAAUGCCCUAGUGACUGGAUAAGGCCUUCAGUGUUGAUAAACUGGAAGGUUAAAGAAAUUGCCUGGCUUGCAUUCAUUGCCUUGAUAGAAGAGAAAGUUCUCAUUUUUUCCUUUUCUUCUAUCUCAUUUAAAUCACAAUAUCCAAGGACCCUCAAAACAAGCAUGAUUUGCUUAGAAUACUGCAGGCCCACAGAUUUUGGCAGGAGCCCUCUAGACUUUGUGCGAGUGUUUGGGAGGCAAGUUAACUUUUAAGCUAAUUAUUUACUUCAAAAAUCUACCUACCACUUGAGUCCUUUAAGAACACAUCAGGGCUUGAAUCUAAAAUAGUAAAUUAAUUAUAACAAAUGUUUAGUAAUAUAUAUAAAAUAUCCUUAGAAUAUAACAAAUACAUAUGAAUUUUAAUAUAUUUAUAUGUGUAUAUAUAUAUAUACAUACAUGUAUUUGUAUGUGUGUGUACAUGCACAAACACCUACUUUUUCACAUUUUGCCAGAAGUAUUAAAAUAUUAAGUGGAUGCAAAUCUACUAGUUCUGGGCAUAGUGUCUAAUUUAUAUAUAUAUAAUAGACACUAUGUUGUUGGUCCUGAGGUCAGGAGUUUUAUACCAGCCCAACACACAUACACAUUAAAUUUAUAUAUGUGUGUGUAUAUGUGUACAUAGGUGUAUGUGUGUGUGUGUGCGUGCAUGCAUGUGCAUGUGUAUAUGUAUGUGGCUGGGCACAUACCUAUAAUUUAAACACUUUGGGAGGCCAAGGCAGGUGGAUCACAUAAGAUCAGGAGUUCCAGACCAGCCUGGCCAACAUGGCAAAAUUCCAUCUCUACUAAAAAUGCAAAAGUUAGCCAGGUGUGGUGGCACGCACCUGUGGUCCCAGCUACCUAGGAGGCUAAGGCACAAGAAUCCCUUGAACCCAGGAGGCAGAGGUUACAGUGAGCUGAGAUCGUGCCACUGUACUCUAGCCUCAGUGACAGAGUGACACUCUAUCUCCAAAAAAAAUUUUAAGGCUGGGUGCAGUGGUUCAUGCCUGUAAUCCCAGUGUUUUGGGAGGCCCAGGCAGGCAGAUCACCUGAGGGUCAGGAGUUCAAGACCAGCCUGGCCAACAUGGUGAAACCCUGUCUCUACUAAAAAUACAAAAUUAGCCGGGUGUGGUGGCAGGUGCCUGUAAUAUUAGCUACUUGGGAGGCUGAGACAGGAAAAUUGCUUGAACCCAGGAGGCAGAGGUUGCAGUGAGCUGAGACCAUGUCACUGCACUCCAGCCUGGGCGACAGAGUGAGACUCUGUCUCAAAAAAAAAAAAAAAGAAAAAAAAUGUGUGUGUGUAUGUAUGUAUUUGUAUGGUGUAUUUUAUAUAUAU